AGCAAUCCAGGCAGAAAAUGAGCGCGCGCCCUUCAGGUUGUUCUCGUUACAUUCUGCCGCGUUAGACGCGCCCCCUAGCCUACCGGCUGGCACCAGAAAUCCGCAGCAGGCGUAGCCACCCUCUCUGUUUUCAUUGCAGUCACCCCAGUGUAACUAGGGCAAGGGUGCCGCUGUCGCUCCUCGGGGUGCAUGUGUUUCGGCUAGCUGUAGCUGCGAUUUGUGGAGUUAGGGGUCGCCGGUCCCGGUGAUCGCUCGGCACAUACAAAAAGAAGCAGACACAGCUGCAAUCCCGUGAACCGCUGCGCACCUCCUGUUGGCGCUAAUUGUAAAGCGCGCGGGCGCGCCGCUCCAGUAGCAGAGCUUCGCCACAGCUCUUGCUUCCCAGUAGCAGGCACCCCUGCAGCAGCGCAAUUAUUUGGUCCAAGUCCUUUACCUUUUUUUACUGUAUGCGAAGCUGAUGAAUAUGAAAGUAGGCGGCCGCCCGACCUGCCUUGCUUCCCCGCCUGAACGCGACAGGUAUUCCGGUGGUUGUCUCUGUGCCCCUCCCAGCCCGCGCGCGGUUGGUCGCUUUUGCGCUUCCGUUUUCGAGACGGUAGCUAGGCCGGUCGCGCGUGGAAGAACAACUACAAAGACCUGCUUGCAAAGCAGACAAGCCACGUAGUGUUCUUGUUUGAGUAGAAAAAGGCGACUUUUGGGCUCGAAGCUGUAGACAGUUUUGGGCCAAGACCUGUAGAGGUCGACCUCUAGAGGUUGACCUCUAGAGCUCACCCCUACAGGUUUUGCACCUCUAGAGGUCGCGGCCCUCCUCGAGCUCCAGGUUUUUCCACAGUAGUAUGCGGAUUCGAAAUAGAAAAGUAGUCAAAAAAAAGGCUACCUCUAGAGCUUUGGCCCUCUUUUGGCCCAGGUUUGAGCCAGGUCCGCUUCACAGUAGCGUCGUCAUUCGAAAAAAACCGGCAAUGGCCGUCGUUUGAGCCUUCUUGGUCCCAGGUUUUAGACUAUUUGCUGCGAGUACUAUAGUUCUUUUGGCUAUCGUCACAUGGGAUUUUUCCCGGAGGUAGAUGGAUACUACUUGACCUACAAGGCGGCCGGGACACGAACACUCAUUGCAAGGAAACGAAAGCUCAUCGCGCUACUAUGCGUAGUAGAACCGAGUGAGGAUGUGUAGGUG